AUGGAACACCAAGCACUUCGAAGGCUUGUACUGUACUGCCCCAAUUUCAUCCGACGUGGUGCUCUUAGGCAAAAUAUGACUAGAGUGAGCUGUAGACAUAUGUCAGGCAAGGGUGGAGGGAGAGAUGAGAAAGGUGAUUGCAAUGAAGAAAAGGAUUCUUCCAAAGAUUUGGGGAGGGUACCGUCGAAGAUGAAACGAGCAUAUGAUGGUGAAACAGUUAUUAAAGAGGGAGAUUCGCAUGCUGAGUCGCUAGCGCAGCAGGGAAAGCAGCCCACAGACCUCGCAUAUAACAGCAGAUCGAAGAUAUCUGGUUCUAAUUUGCAUUUAUUGGUUCCUAGAGUUGCGUCUACAGACUAUAUUUCGAAUAAAGAGGUUCACACGGAGGGCCUGUUUGCCGGCUAUCGACCCUUGUUUCUGGGGAACUCAGGUUUUCCGUCUGAUGCAAGAAAGGGUAAAAACUUUCAUGAGUUAGACGACGUUCUUCCCAAUAUACAGGUAGUGGACGCUUCCGAGAAAGAUGGCAAACUCAAUGUGCAGGAGAUUAUUGAGGACUUACAAAGAACAAGUUUGAGAGAAAGCAUUCAUAGUAUGGAACAGUUACCAUCUUCGCACAAACGUAAACCCGUAAUACCGUGGGACGCAUCUAUAAGUGGCAUGGUUUAUAAUGACAUGCCUUUCAAAUAUGUGCCCAAAAAUAUUAUUCUGAAAAUGAAGCCAUUUAAACUUUUGCGUAUUGAGAGAAAAAGUCAAGCGAAGAAUGCAAGAAAGCCUACUAUGAUAAAACUUCAGUUUCACAAUCGAAGAAUCAAUGACACCCCAGAGUUAGUGAAUUUAUACCAUAAUAAAUCCCGUUUGCACGAGUCACUUUACAAUACAAAACCCCUUCAAGAAUCUGGAUAUUCAAGUGCAAAUACAAGUAAAAGACAGAAAAUGUUAAAAGCAAGAAGCGACUUUGAACAUAAACAGAAAAAUUAUGCAUACAAACACACAUUUAUCAAAAAUGAUCAGGAACUGUUCCGCAAUGAACUAACUAAGUUAAAUAAGAUACUUGCUAGAGAAUUCAAAAAAUUGACAAAGCUAUCCAUACAUAAUGAGUUCAAGAGAGAACACUUGCCCCUGGCCGUUUAUGUGAGCAAAUCAAAGGGCACAAAGAAACUGUUUAGAAGAUCACUGAAGAUGAAAAUCAUGGACCACAUAUACCCAGUUUAUACCACGAUAUUGUCAACUUUAACAAAUUCCAGAGACUCUAAGAAAUUUGAAAACAAAAUCAAGGCGUAUAUUGAAAAAAUCAUAGUGCGGUUAUCAGAUGAAGUACCAUCCACAUAUUUUUUCCAAGAUGGCGUAGAUUGUAUUAUUCAACCAAGUCCGAUUCAUAAUUUCAAGAGAAUGCAUUGGUUAAGAUACACCAAGAGGCACAAUACCUUUUGGGGGAGGACUAUACAUAAGGACGUUCAAGUCAGCUUCAAUGACAAGUAUGUUGUUACUAGGAGCGGCGUGAGGUAUACGAGGUAUCCCACUAAUUUGAAUACACAAUUAUUGGAAACUGCAUUUGAAGAAUGGGACUACUAUGAGUGA